GGUUCAAGUUACACGCUCACUUCGUAAUCAAUUCGUCCCUUCUUCACACUCAGCCCCUUCUCUCCGUCUCUCAUUCUUCCUCUUUCCCUCUUGACUUUGUGCUCAUUAAUCCAAAUACAUUUCUAAGCAGUUCGGAAGAACAAUAUACAAUGUUGUCGAAGAUUGCGACCGGCAACGGACACGGUGAACACUCCCCAUACUUUGAUGGAUGGAAGGCCUAUGAAAACGAUCCGUUUCAUCCCACCAACAAUCUAAAUGGGGUUAUUCAGAUGGGUCUAGCUGAAAAUCAGCUCACAUCUGAUGUGAUUGAAGAGUGGAUAACGAGUAAUCCAGAGGCCAGUAUUUGCACCCCAGAAGGAGCCCGAGAUUUCAGGACCAUAUCUAACUUUCAGGACUAUCAUGGCUUGCCAGAGUUCAGAAAUGCUUUGGCCAAAUUCAUGGCAAGAGCAAGAGGAAGCAGAGUCACAUUCGACCCUGAUCGUAUAGUUAUGAGCGGCGGAGCAACCGGAGCACACGAAGUCACCGCCUUCUGUUUGGCAGAUCCUGGUGAUGCAUUUUUGGUACCCACACCUUACUAUCCAGGUUUUGAUCGGGAUUUGAGAUGGAGAACAGGACUUCAACUUGUCCCAGUUGUCUGCGAAAGCUCGAACAAUUUCAAGUUGACGACAAAAGCGUUAGAAGAAGCGUAUGAGAAAGCCAAAGAGGAUAACAUCAAAGUAAAGGGCUUGCUCAUUACCAAUCCUUCAAACCCACUGGGGACUAUCAUGGGCAGUGAAACAUUGAAAAGUGUGGUUAGCUUCAUCAACGAAAAGAAAAUCCACCUCGUAUGUGACGAAGUCUACGCUGGGACAGUUUUUGGCGAGCAUGGUUUCACAAGCAUCGCUGAGAUUAUAGAGGAACAAGACGUGGAAUGUAACCGUGACCUCAUCCACAUCGUUUAUAGCCUUUCAAAGGAUCUUGGAGUUCCUGGGUUUAGAGUUGGCAUCAUCUACUCCUAUAACGAUGAUGUUGUGAAUUGUGCUCGCAAAAUGUCCAGCUUUGGAUUAGUGUCCACACAAACCCAGAAUCUUCUUGCAUCGAUGCUAUCUGAUGAUGAGUUUGUGGAUCGAUUUCUUACAGAGAGUGCGAGUAGGCUUGCCAAAAGAUUCAGACUUUUCACAAGAGGACUCGGCCAAGUUGGCAUAAAGUGCUUGCAGAGCAACGCUGGUUUGUUUCUGUGGAUGGAUUUGCGUCAUCUUCUAAAGAAGCAGGAGACCGAAGCAGAAAUGGAGCUGUGGAAAACGAUCAUUCAUGAAGUUAAGAUCAAUGUUUCGCCUGGUUCUUCAUUUCAUUGCCGCGAACCAGGGUGGUUCAGGGUAUGCUAUGCUAAUAUGGAUGAUUUGGCGGUGGAAGUUGCUUUGACAAGAAUUCGCAGUUUCGUGCGUCAAAAUACAGAGACCAAGGUACCUGCAAAGAAACUGUGCUGGCAGAGCAGCUUGAAAUUGCGAUUAAGCUUUAAAUCGAGGAACAUCGAUGAUAUGAUGAUGAUGAUGUCACCUCACUCGCCAUUACCUCAAUCACCUAUGGUCAAAGCCACCAUGUGAAGUAACGGUCUCUGCACAAUCAAGAUUGUUUAAUUUUGUUCGUUGAUAUGUUUCUUACCUUUUUUGUAAGUGUACAUUACUUGCAAGAAGGUUGUACGUUUGACGACAAUAAGAAGGCAUUCCUGCAACUGUAUCACUGAUGGAUGCCUUGAUAAUUGUUGCUUCGGUCUCGAAGGCUUUUUCUUUUUUCUUUUUUCACUUUCAGAAUGAUGUGUUCUUGGUGAAAGAAGUUCAUGCAGUCUUGGUUCAAAAGAUUGCAAUUGAUACAUUAAUUAGUCCUGCUCCAUUAAAUUGUGAAACAUUGAUUGAAGAAUUGUAAUAAAACGUCUUCAUUUUUCUCU